CAGUCAGGCCUGGGUUGGGGAGAGGCCGACAGCAUGGCUCAAGCUCCUGCUCUCUCUCCUGCUGCUGCUCAUGACAUAGCCAGGCAGGCUGGGGACAGCAGCAUCUUUCUGUUGGUGUCAGCCCAGCUUUCAGAACCUCAAGUCCUGCAUUUCCUUCCUUUUAAUCACAGCCCCUCCCUCCCCAGGAACCUGUCCCAGUUUCCUCGAAGCACUGAGCUAGAAGCUGAUUUGAAGGAUUCUCCAUUCACCCUGCCUCAAGCUUUCCCCCCCAACUCCUUGUUGAAGGAAGACUUUCUUGGAAUGACGUGGUUAGAUGUCAACCCGCCCAGCCUGGCCGUUGUACCCAGCAACUCCACCAAACCCUGGCUGGCCCAGUACUUGUCCUGUACAGACCCGAGGCCAUGCCAGGAAGGGUCAGAGUUGCGCAGAGAUGCUGUUUGUGAGAAACCUGAUUGCUCUGUGCCUGAAUUAUUUUGUGCUUGGGAUUCAAAGAUAAAGGAUUUAAUCUCUACCCUGAAGAACUUUACUAUUAGCGAGGAGACAGGGAAAGAAUGCAGCUUUUGCAGCGACAAGACGUGGUUGCAAGUCCCAGCUCUACCUCCCAGCAGCACUAGAUCCUUGAGCAAGUCCGUGGCCACUCUGAGCCUCCAUCUCCUCAUAAACAAGGUGGAGGACAAUGAGAACCAGGGCGAAGGGAUGGCGAGGAGGAAGUGCAGUGAGGCCAUGAGAGGUUUUGUGAGGGAGCAGUGAAUACUGGCUCAACGGGAUUUAAUCUGGGCCACCAACCGGGUGGAGAGCUGGGCAGGCCGAUCAAGGCCUCCUGCACAUCUCUGUGACACCUGCCUGCCCUGCAGUGGGACCUGGGAUCCUACGCUCUCAGAGCGGUAGGAGGGAGCCGGACACACCUUCUGUUUCUCUGCCUGCUGGACUUAACUUCUGCGGCCAUGAGUCCUUUGAUCUGUUAGACUUGCCUACUUCACUCACCUGGAGCCUUGGGAGGGACUGUUCUACUCAGAGGUAGUAUGAAAUCCGCUGCUUUAUUAUUUAUGACUUUUGUUCUGGAA